CAAAAACUGGAUUUUUAAAAAUCGCAAAACCUAAACAAAAGCAAAAUGGAAAAAAGAAAAAGAAAAUCUCUGCUUCAUGAAUCCCAGAACGGGGGUUUAGGGUUUUGUGGGGCAAGUUUGGUAUUUUACACUCCUUCCUUUCAUAUUUUUACAGGAGGGAGUGGUGAAGUUUAAGCUCCUUUGCAUCUUCAGCGCACGCUAUCAAAUCCCCACUUCUCUUUUAGCCAUGUCUCUCACAUUCCCCUCAAAUCCAGCGGUGGAGAUCUCCCUAUGAGAGAAGCAUUCUCUUUCAACCAUGGCUACUGAUAAAGCUCGUGAGGCUGGGAAUGAGGAGAAAGAAAAGCGUCUUUCACAUGCUCCACCAGGUUGGAUUAAUCACUCGGCGGUAGUGUUUAAAAGCUCAAUCUGUCAAUCAAAGGAAUUCUCCAACUCAACAUUGAGGUGAUCGAGAAUCCUGGAUUAAUUCAUACAGGACCAUCGCUUAGAGGCCACGGGAAGUUCGGGAGCUAACGUGGCUGGCGAGCAAAGCUAAAGAGAUGGAGCGGUUUAUGCAACAAAGAGACGUUGAGUUGUCAUUUCCUCCAACAAAAAAUCAACAUUCCUUGAGAUUUCCAAUUCCUUGUAAUCUAUCUGAAAUGGGAUUCUUUGGUGCCACUCUCUCAGGUACCCUUACCCAAUCAGAUAAAAUUGUAGAAAACCCAUGACAUAAAUAUCGGCAAUUUCAAAAUGCAUAUAUAGAAAAUCCAUUUUGGAGAUAGUAAAGAGGAGAAAAAUGGCCUCAUUGACUCCAGGAGUACUACUAAAGCUUCUCCAAAGCAUGCAUUCUGACGUGAGGGUAUGUGGAGAAUACCGCUCCGUCCUUCUACAAGUGAUCAGCAUAGUCCCUGCUUUAACGGGGUCCGAAUUGUGGCCCAAUCAAGGAUUCUUCAUAAAGGUUUCAGAUUCAUCCCACUCAACAUAUGUCACAUUGUCCAAGGAAGACAAUGAGCUUAUCUUAACAAAUAAAUUACAACUUGGCCAGUUUAUCUACGUUGAUAAAGCAGAGCCCGGAACGCCCGUCCCAGUUCUCGUUGGUGUUCGGCCUGUACCCGGAAGGAAUCCAUGUGUUGGGAAUCCCAAGGAUCUAAUGCAUAUUUUGGCGCCUUCUGAGGUAUCAGAAGCAGCCGAUCAUGUUGGGACUAUGGUGAGAUCUUCUGAAUUGUUUGAUGGGAAAGAGGAGAGCCCUAGACAGAGAGUUAUUAUUAAGGAGGAGAAGGCUGCGGUCGCUUCUAGAUACAUGCAAGGGAUUUUGAAUCCAAAUUCGAAUCCGAAAGGAUCUGGUAUGGAUUCUACUGGUGGUGGGAAGAUUGAUGGGAAUGAGAAUGAUGGAGUGAAUAAGAAGGUUGGUAUUUCGAAAGCUAAGCAAGAGCCCAAAGUUCAGGUGCGUCCGAUGAUUCCUACCAAUCAUGUCGAUGCAUCAAAAACAAAGACAGGUGUUGUUGGAGCCAAUGUCAAAGAGGCACCACCUCUGCCUUUAAAAAGUCCACCUCCCAAACAGACCGCACCUAAGCAGCAGGCUCCCAUCUUGCAUCGCUCUUCGAUCAGUAGUGAUAAAAUAAGGAUCCAAGAGACCAUUCCAUGGGAAUAUCUUCCGGCUAAACUUGUCAAGCCUGGGAAGGGGAUGGUUAGAAGAAGAAACAUGGCUUCUUUGGUAGCAGCUGAAGCUCAAAGAGAAGCAUCUUCAGCCGCGGCUCUUGUCAAGAGUCUCAGUAUGUUUGCUGAAAUAUGUGCGUCUGCAACGGUGGAGAAUCCUCACCUUUCUUUCACCAAGUUCUUCUCACUGGACCGGCUCAUCAACCAAUCAACUGCUGCCACGUGGAAGGACAACUCUCCAAUCUCUAACUCCUUACCUUCUAACAGAGACAAGUCCACCAAGAAGAGUACACUAUCUCAUAGUAGAAGCGUUCCAAAUUCUCCAAAACUCCCACCAGAACUUCAUGUGAACGAGAAGCUAGAGUGGGCCAGAGGAGAUGGUAUGAAGGAGGUCCAAGGGGUGAGAGACAUUCUCCUCAAGGAAUCACAAUCAUGGUUCUUGAAAUUUUUGGAAGACGCUCUGAGCACCGGGUUUCGGCAAGGGGCCCACCUGAAGAAAGGCAAGGAUGGCACUAGAGGGAGGCAAGUGGAAUCCGAUGACCGGAUUGCCGGUACGCUAUCACAGCUUAAGCAUGCAAGUGACUGGUUGGAUCAGCUACGCAGCAAGGUGGGGCCGGAAAAUGAUGGGCUAGCAGAGACCGUGGACCGUUUGAAGCAGGAAAUCUAUGCUUGUCUGCUUGAUCAUGUGGACUCAGCUGCUUUGGCGCUUGAGAACCGGUCGGAUCACAGCUGAUGAGCUGAAGAUUUUGAGAACUAUGGUCACUGGUCGCUGUAGUCCUAUGUGCAUGGGAACAGGUUGUUCAUUUGAUGGACCCCACCAUCUGCGUAUGGCCCAAAAUCAGGUUUGUCUGGCCAGUAGGCUGUGUGAAGAAAUUUAAAAUGUCGUUUAACUGACCAAAUGUACACAUUUCAUGUAUAUGUAUGGCCCACCUGUUCACCCGACUGGCCUGGUUUUUGGGUCACAGUACAUACAUGGUGGGCCCUCCAUGAUAAACGGUUUGGAUCUUGUUCACAAAUCCUACAUUGGCCGUUGGCACAAGAGAGCAGAGUAGCCAUAGCAGGGCAUUUGGUUACCCAUCCAAAAGAAGAUAAAAAAAAGGUGGCAUUUAUGUAAAUUCGUUGAUUGUUCAUGUAAUGUACUUGAAUACAUGAUUCAAUGAAAAAGAAGAAGAAGAGAAAACUGUUCUGUUA